UCAGGUUCAUAUCUUCCUGAUGGGAGUGCACUGGAUCCUGAUUAUUACUUCUCUACAAUCAGCUCCAGCUUUUCAGUUUCUCCUCUCUUCAAUGGCAUUAACAAUAAAGAGUUUAACAUCCCACUGGAAAUGCUCCGUCAGCUGUUGAACAUGGUAAAACAGAUUGUUGGGGAUUCUCUGCUAAAGACCUUAGAUGCAGUUGUAGCUGAGGUUUCAGAGACGAGUGCUAAUGCAGAUCUCUAUUACAAAACAUUCAGUGACCCUCUUUAUCUUGCUCAGUUUAAAAUGCUGAGAGACACAUUAUACUAUAUGAAAGACCUUCCCAACUCAUUUGUGAAGGAAAUCCACGAUUUUGUGCUGGAGCAAUUCAACAGCAGUCAGUCAGAACUUCAGAAAAUCCUUCAUGACGUGGAUCGGCUGCACAAUGAACUGAGUCCUUUAAAACUGCGCUGUCAGGCGAAUGCUGCCUGUGUGGAUCUCAUGGUGUGGGCUGUGAAAGACGAGCAAGGUGCAGAAAACCUGUGCAUCAAGUUAUCAGAGAAGCUGCAGUCAAAAACCUCAAGUAAAGUCAUCAUUGCUCACUUGCCACUGCUAAUUUGCUGCUUGCAGGGGCUAGGUCGUUUGUGUGAGAGGUUCCCUGUUGUGGUUCAUUCUGUCAAUCCAUCCUUGAGGGACUUCCUUGUGAUACCUUCCCCAGUGCUUGUGAAACUUUACAAGUAUCACAGCCAGUAUCACACAGGUGGUAAUGACAUCAAGAUUAGUGUGACCAACGAGCAUUCAGAGUCCACUCUAAAUGUAAUGCCUGGCAAGAAAAGUCAACCAUCCAUGUAUGAGCAGCUGCGUGACAUUGCCAUAGACAACAUCUGCAGGUGCUUGAAAGCUGGCUUGACUAUAGAUUCAGUGAUUGUUGAGGCCUUUCUUGCCAGUUUAUCUAACCGUCUGUACAUCUCUCAAGAGAGUGACAAGGAAGCUCAUUUGAUUCCUGACCACACAAUUCGUGCUCUAGGGCACAUUGCAGUUGCACUGAGGGACACCCCAAAAAUGAUGGAACCCAUCCUGCAGAUCUUGCAGCAGAAGUUUUGCCAGCCACCUUCUCACCUUGAUGUACUCAUCAUUGAUCAGUUGGGUUGCUUGGUCAUCACUGGAAAUCAAUAUAUUUACCAGGAGGUGUGGAACCUGUUUCAGCAGAUCAGCGUUAAAGCAAGCUCAGUUGUUUACUCUGCCACAAAAGAUUAUAAGGAUCAUGGAUACAGACACUGUUCCUUAGCAGUCAUUAAUGCCCUGGCUAACAUCGCUGCCAACAUUCAAGGAGAACACCUUGUGGAUGAGCUACUGAUGAACUUGCUGGAGCUGUUUGUUCAGCUCGGGCUAGAAGGAAAGCGAGCCAGUGAGAGAGCAAGCGAGAAAGGACCGGCACUGAAGGCCUCCAGUAGCGCAGGGAAUUUGGGUGUGCUUAUUCCAGUUAUUGCUGUGCUCACUAGACGCUUGCCACCCAUCAAGGAGGCCAAGCCCAGGUUGCAAAAGCUGUUCCGGGACUUCUGGUUGUAUUCAGUACUGAUGGGAUUUGCUGUGGAAGGAUCAGGUCUCUGGCCAGAAGAAUGGUAUGAAGGUGUAUGUGAAAUUGCUACCAAGUCUCCAUUACUCACAUUUCCCAGCAAAGAACCACUUCGAUCUGUUCUUCAGUACAAUUCUGCCAUGAAGAACGAUACCGUGACUUCUGCUGAAUUAAAUGAAUUGCGGAGUACCAUAAUAAAUCUCUUGGAUCCUCCUCCGGAAGUGUCAGCAUUGAUCAAUAAGUUGGACUUUGCCAUGUCUACCUAUCUCCUUUCUGUUUACCGCCUAGAGUAUAUGAGGGUGUUGCGUUCAACUGACCAAGAUCGCUUCCAAGUCAUGUUUUGCUAUUUUGAGGAUAAAGCAAUUCAGAAAGACAAAUCUGGCAUGAUGCAGUGUGUGAUAGCUGUUGCUGAUAAGGUGUUUGAAGCUUUCCUGACAAUGAUGGCUGAUAAACCUAAAACUAAGGAGAACGAAGAAGAGCUGGAGCGACAUGCUCAGUUCUUGCUGGUGAAUUUUAACCACAUUCACAAGAGGAUUAGGAGAGUUGCAGACAAAUACUUAUCUGGUCUGGUAGACAAGUUUCCUCACUUGCUGUGGAGUGGAACUGUGCUGAAGACUAUGCUAGAUAUUCUGCAGACGCUGUCACUGUCUCUUAGUGCAGACAUUCACAAGGACCAACCAUACUAUGACAUUCCUGAUGCUCCAUAUAGAAUAACUGUCCCUGACACACAUGAAGCUAGAGAGAGCAUAGUCAAGGAUUUUGCUGCACGCUGUGGGAUGAUUCUGCAAGAAGCAAUGAAAUGGGCUCCCUCUGUGACAAAAUCUCAUCUACAGGAGUACCUCAACAAGCAUCAGAACUGGGUGUCAGGUUUGUCCCAGCACACAGGACUGGCUAUGGCUACAGAAAGCGUUCUGCACUUUGCAGGCUACAACAGACAGAACACCACUCUGGGCGCAACCCAGCUGACUGAAAGACCUACUUGUGUGAAGAAGGAUUACUCCAACUUCAUGGCUUCUCUUAACUUGCGCAACCGCUACGCAGGAGAGGUUGCUGGAAUGAUUCAGUUCUCAAAUGCUACAGGACGAACAUCUGACCUGAAUAAACUGAUGGUCAAAGAGCUGAAUGAUGCUCUUGAAUCAGGCCAUACUGAAUUCUACACCCAAGCCAUGUUUAAGUUGACUGCACUGCUGAUAAGCAGCAAAGACUGUGAUCCCCAGCUCCUUCAUCAUCUGUGUUGGGGACCCCUGCGAAUGUUCAAUGAACAUGGCAUGGAAACAGCAAUUGCUUGCUGGGAGUGGCUGCUUGCUGCCAAGAAUGGAAUAGAAGUGCCGUUCAUGCGGGAAAUGGCAGGAGCCUGGCAAAUGACAGUGGAGCAGAAAGUUGGCCUGUUUUCUGCUGAGCAGAAAGAAGCAGAUCCAUUAGCAGCCUCAGAAGAGAGCCAGCCGAGGCCUUGCCCGCCAGAGGUGACUCCACAUUACAUCUGGAUAGAGUUUUUGGUGCAGAGAUUUGAAAUAGCCAAGUACUGCAGUUCUGACCAGAUAGAAAUCUUCUCCAGCCUGCUUCAGCGGUCGCUUUCAUUGAACAUUGGAGGGGCAAAAGGCAGUUUGAAUCGGCAUGUGGCAGCAAUUGGACCCCGAUUUAAGUUGCUGACUCUGGGGUUAUCUUUGCUGCAUGCUGAUGUGGUUCCAAAUGCAACUAUUCGAAACGUUCUGAGAGAAAAGAUUUAUUCAACUGCCUUUGAUUAUUUCAGUUGUCCUUCAAAGUUCCAUACACAAGGGGAAAAGAGGCUUCGUGAGGAUAUCAGCAUAUUGAUCAAGUUUUGGACAGCGAUGUUCUCGGACAAGAAGUAUCUGACAGCCAGCCAGCUUGUGCCACCUGAUAAUCAAGACACCAGGAGCAACCUGGAUAUCAACGUUGGAUCUCGGCAACAGGCUACACAAGGAUGGAUAAAUACUUACCCUUUGUCCAGUGGCAUGUCAACCAUAUCUAAAAAAUCAGGGAUGUCUAAGAAGACUAACAGAGGUACGCAGCUGCACAAGUACUACAUGAAGCGAAGAACAUUACUGCUCUCGUUGCUGGCUACUGAGAUUGAACGCUUAAUCACAUGGUACAAUCCACUGUCUUCCCCUGAGCUAGAAUUGGAUCAAACUGGAGAGAGCAGUGUAGCAAACUGGAGGUCCAAGUAUAUCAGUCUUAGUGAGAAGCAAUGGAAGGAUAAUGUAAAUCUGGCUUGGAGCAUUUCUCCUCAUCUUGCUGUACAGCUGCCUACCAGAUUUAAGAACACUGAAGCUAUUGGAACAGAAGUGACCCGUCUGGUUCGGUUGGACCCAGGAGCUGUGAGUGAUGUUCCCGAAGCAAUAAAGUACCUGGUUACCUGGCAUACAAUUGAUGCUGAUGCACCUGAGCUCAGCCACGUUCUGUGCUGGGCACCAACAGAUCCACCAACAGGCCUUUCCUAUUUUUCAAGCAUGUAUCCACCUCAUCCUCUAACAGCUCAGUAUGGGGUUAAAGUCCUGCGAUCUUUUCCUCCGGAUGCCAUUUUAUUCUACAUUCCACAGAUUGUGCAGGCACUUCGGUAUGACAAGAUGGGUUACGUCAGAGAAUACAUCCUGUGGGCAGCUGCCAAAUCCCAGCUCUUGGCUCAUCAAUUUAUCUGGAACAUGAAAACUAAUAUCUACCUGGAUGAAGAAGGACACCAAAAAGAUCCUGACAUUGGGGAGCUUCUGGAGCAGCUAGUAGAGGAGAUAACCGGCUCGUUAUCUGGCCCAGCCAAGGAAUUCUACCAACGGGAAUUUGAUUUCUUUAAUAAAAUCACCAAUGUUUCAGCCAUUAUCAAGCCCUUCCCUAAAGGAGAUGAAAGAAAAAAAGCUUGUUUGAGUGCUCUGUCUGAGGUGAAAGUGCAGCCUGGCUGUUACUUGCCCAGCAAUCCUGAAGCUAUUGUUCUGGACAUUGAUUACAAAUCUGGAACUCCUAUGCAGAGUGCAGCAAAAGCACCCUACCUGGCCAAAUUUAAAGUGAAACGAUGCGGAGUUAGUGAGCUUGAAAAAGAAGGUCUGCGUUGUCGUUCUGAUUCCAUAGAUGAAAGUGCAGAAGAAGGAAUGGACAGUAAGAAAAUCUGUUGGCAGGCAGCUAUCUUUAAAGUGGGCGAUGACUGCAGACAGGACAUGUUAGCUUUACAAAUUAUCGACCUCUUCAAGAACAUAUUUCAGCUGGUGGGCCUGGAUCUUUUUGUGUUUCCAUACAGAGUGGUGGCCACAGCUCCUGGGUGUGGUGUUAUUGAAUGCAUUCCUGACUGCACAUCCCGUGACCAGCUGGGCAGGCAGACAGACUUUGGGAUGUAUGAUUACUUUACAAGGCAAUACGGAGAUGAGUCUACCCUUGCAUUCCAGAAGGCUCGCUAUAAUUUCAUCCGCAGUAUGGCUGCAUAUAGUCUUCUCCUGUUCCUGCUCCAGAUUAAAGACAGGCAUAAUGGCAACAUCAUGCUGGACAAAAAGGGACACAUCAUUCAUAUUG